AUGGGAACUAAACUAUACUUACAAAUUUAUACCUUGGAUAUAACAAAUUUGGAGGGAAGAGUACCUCCAGAAAUUGGGAACUUAACCAUGCUCGAAGAGUUACUAAUUUUUAAUAAUAACUUUGAAGGAAGAUUACCUCCAGAAAUUGGGAACUUAACCAUGCUCAAAGAGUUAUACAUUUCCCAUAACAACUUUGGAGGAAGAUUACCUCCAGAAAUUGGAAACUUAUCCAUGCUCAGAAAGUUAAACAUUUACUAUAACAACUUUGGAGGUGCAAUACCAAGAGAAAUUGGUAAUCUACAAAACCUUGAGGUCUUAAAUGUUGCUGUCAAUAACCUUACUGGACCAAUUCCAUUUGAGAUCUUCAAUAUCUCAACAAUACGAGAAAUUUCAAUGCCUUUCAAUAAACUCACAGGCCAUCUUCCAUCAUAUGUAGACCUCUUUCUUCCUAAUCUUCACCAUCUUUAUCUCGAAGAAAACAAACUAAGUGGAACAAUACCUAGUUCUAUCUCCAAUGCUUCACAACUCACUGAACUAGAUCUGGGCGACAACUCAUUCUCAGGCUUAAUUCCAAAAUCACUUGGUAAUUUAUGGCUCCUUGAAUGGCUCAACCUAAAAGAAAAUAACUUGACCAUUGACUCUUCCACUCCAGAGCUCAACAUUUUCACUUCUUUAUCAAAUUUGGCAUAUCUAAGGGUAUUAGAUUUGUCAAAUAAUCUAUUGAAUGGCAUCCUUCCCAGUUCUAUUGGAAAUCUCUCUACCUCUCUUCAAGGACUUGAAGUAAGUAAUUGCAAUAUUAAGGGCAUCAUUCCUAUAGAAAUAGGCAAUUUAAGCAACUUGAUGAUUUUGUCCCUAGGGAUCAAUGAAUUGGUUGGACCUAUUCCAACUACUGUGGGAAGAUUGCACAAGCUUCAAGCUCUCAUUCUUGAUGAUAAUAGACUAGAUGGUCCCAUCCCAUCUGAACUUUGUCAUAUGGAGAACUUGUAUAAAAUGCAUUUUAGUGGUAAUGAGCUUUCUGGACCCAUUCCCGCAUGGUUGAAUAAUCUCACUUUUCUAAGAUAUCUUUACUUAGACUUUAAUCAAUUAUAUUCUACGAUUCCAUCAAGCUUGUGGAGCCUUACAAAUAUCUUGGAGGUCAAGCUAUCAGCAAACUCUUUAAGUGGCCCUCUCUCAUUAGAGAUUGGAAACAUGAAGGUCUUGAGAGUAUUAGAGUUAUCAAGAAAUCAACUAUCUGGUCAUAUCCCAACAACAAUUGGUAGCCUCAAAGAUCUAGCUAAUCUCUCAUUGGCGAACAAUCGAUUAGAAGGUUCAAUUCCAAAAUCUUUUGGUGAAUUGGUAAGUUUGGAAUUCUUGGACCUUUCCAGUAACAAUUUAUCCGGUGAGAUUCCAAAGUCCUUUGAAGCAGUUUUACAACUCAAAUAUCUAAAUCUGUCUUUCAAUAGACUACAAGGAGAAAUUCCUGUAGCAGGACCAUUUGAGAACUUCUCUGCUGCAUCAUUUAUGUCAAAUGAUGGACUUUGUGGUGCUCCUCGACUGCAUGUUCCCCCAUGUAAAGCAAGUGAUCCUCGACCAAAAAGGACCACAAUAGCACAUAUACUAAAGUAUGUAUUACCAACGAUUGGAUUAACAAUGCUUAUAGUUACUCUUGUGUUAGUGUGGACAAGACGCCGAAAAAGGAAUAUGAAAAUUUCAGUGGAGGAAAACCCAUUACCACUCGCCACGUGGAGAAGAUUUUCCCAACAAGAACUUUUACAAGCAACAGAAGGGUUCAGUGCAAGUAACUUACUUGGUAAAGGGAGCUUUGGAUCAGUAUACCAAGGGAGACUCUCAGAUGGAAUGAUUGUUGCAAUAAAGGUUUUCGACUUGGCAGUAGAAGGGGCUUUCAAGAGUUUUGAUACAGAGUGUGGGGUACUACGCAAUAUUCGUCAUCGGAAUCUUCUUAAAAUCAUCAGCACUUGUAGUAACAUGGACUUCAAAGCUUUUGUAAUGGAAUACAUGCCUAAUGGGAACCUAGAGAAGUGGUUGUAUUCUCAAGACCAUUGUUUGACCAUCUUACAAAGACUAAAUAUAAUGAUCAAUGUUGCAUCAGCACUAGAAUACCUUCAUUAUGGUUAUUCAAUACCUAUUGUUCAUUGUGAUUUGAAGCCCAACAAUAUCUUAUUAGAUAAAGAUCUUGUCGCACAUGUCGUUGAUUUUGGCAUUGCCAAGCUUUUGGGCGAUGGGGAUUCUGUGAUGCAAACCAUGACUCUUGCUACUAUUGGGUAUAUGGCACCAGAGUAUGGGUCGGAAGGAAUUGUUUCUACAAGUGGCGAUGUGUAUAGUUACGGUAUUUUGCUGAUGGAAACUUUCACAAGAAAGAAACCUACUGACAUGUUUGCUGAAGAAAUGAGCUUGAAGCAUUGGGUAAAGGAAUCAUCGGCCAUUUCAGUAACUAAAGUCAUUGAUGCCAAUUUGUUGACAAUCGAAAGUGAUUAUGCUUCUAUAGAGGAUUGCAUAUCAUCCAUAAUGGAGUUGGCAUUGCAAUGUUGUGCAGAGUUACCUGAGCAAAGAGUUAAUGCAAAAAGUAUUUCAAUCAAACUCAACAAGAUCAAAUUGAAGUUUCUACAAGAUAGUGAAGGAAGCUAGUAUGAGAGCGUCAAGUUUGUUUAUAACUCUUUCAUGUUUGUUCUCUUGAAAUAAUAUAACAAGACUCCCUUGAUGUAUAUUUGAAAACCAUACUUCACAUAUUAUUGCAACAAAUAUUCCAUGAUAUAUCUGUAGAAAAAGACAACAGAAAAAUAACUGUGAAGAAAAAACUUGUAUUUCUUUGGGGCCGGUAGUAGUGUUGU